UUCCUUGAUACGUGCUCGGGGGACUAAAAAAAAAAGUCUAUGCUGGAUUUGUGUGUUUUGGAAAAGAGUUCAUGUUGACUUGUUGCUUACAAACCGCACGAACACGCAAUUUUUUUAACGAUAAAUGUCCGUUUGAUGUCAGGAAAUCAUAUAUGAUGACGUGAUCGGGACAGCCCCGCAACCGGCGCACAAGUCUCAGAUACACCGCCACGUCACUGAUCGGCGGAAGAGUCAGAGAAACAAACCCGGAAUACAGUCCCGAGUCCCCGCUGCGGACUAGCUAUCAGACACCGUUUGUUUGACAGUUUCUUACCAAAAGAAGACCAGUCGAUACGCGGUGAAGAUGACUGCGUCUAACUGGGGUCUCAUCAUGAACGUGGUGAACAGCAUCGUAGGAGUCAGUGUCCUCACCAUGCCCUUCUGCUUCAAACAGUGUGGGAUAGUGCUGGGAACUCUCCUGUUGUUCUUCUGUUCGUGGAUGACCCACAAGUCUUGCAUGUUCCUGGUCAACACAGCGAGCAGCACCAAAAGAAGGACCUAUGCAGGACUGGCGUUCCAUGCUUACGGGAAACCAGGAAAGACUGUGGUGGAGUUGAGUAUGAUCGGUUUGAUGUUGGGGACCUGUAUUGCCUUCUAUGUAGUGAUAGCUGAUCUGGGCUCCAAUUUCUUCGCUCAGCUGUUGGGUUUACAGGUGACCGGCAUUUUCCGCGUGCUGCUGCUGAUCGCCGUGUCCCUGUUCAUCGUCCUCCCUCUGAGUCUGCAGAGGAACAUGAUGUCCUCCAUCCAGUCCUUCUCCGCCAUGGCUCUCAUGUUCUACACCUUCUUCAUGUUCACGGUGGUGCUGUCCUCGUUCAAACAUGGGCUGCUCAGCGGCUGGUGGCUAGGGCAGGUCAAUGUGGUGCGCUGGGAGGGUGUGUUUCGCUGUCUCCCCAUCUGUGGGAUGGCCUUCGCCUGUCAGUCGCAGGUGCUGCCGACUUACGACAGCCUGGACGAGCCGUCCGUCAAACGCAUGAGCACCAUCUUCACCUCGAGCCUCAACGUGGUCACCGUCUUCUACAUCACUGUGGGCUUCUUUGGCUACGUCAGUUUCACGGAGAACAUUGCGGGCAACGUGCUGAUGAACUUCCCGUCCAACCUGGUCACAGAGAUGAUUCGUGUGGGCUUUAUGAUGUCUGUGGCCGUAGGGUUCCCCAUGAUGAUCCUGCCCUGUCGCCAGGCCAUCAACACCAUGCUUUUUGAGCAGCAGCAGAAGGAUGGGACGUUUGCUGCCGGGGGAUACAUGCCUCCUCUGCGCUUUAAGAUGAUCACCCUCUGCAUUGUGUUUGGCACCAUGCUGGGAGGCAUUCUCAUCCCCAAUGUGGAAACCAUUCUGGGUCUGACUGGAGCCACUAUGGGCAGCCUCAUCUGCUUCAUAUGCCCUGCUCUCAUCUACAAGAAGAUCCAGAAGAACAGCCUCAUUUCUCAGCUGGUGCUCUGCGUGGGUCUGGGCAUCCUGCUGGUCAGCACCUUCACCACCCUCUCCAUUUCGGCCACAAGCCCCGGCACCAAGGUCAAAGCUCCUCCCCCUCCAGCACCUGUCAAGAACAACCUGCUGCUACCAGACCUUCCUGAACACCACGACAACGCUCUGAACAAGAAGCCAGUGGAGAUAGAAAAACCUGACCUUCCAGCUGUGAAGGUGGUCCAACCAGUAGACGGGGACCCGCCGGAGCCCCCCCAGAUUAAAGGACCAGUGGAACUACCUGAGAGGAAGGAGGAAGAGGCGCAGUUGGACCGCCCUGGUGCUGGUGUUGCGCUGCCAGAGGGCGAGGCCCAUCGGCAUGAACCACCCAUCCCUCACGACGCGGUCAUGGUGGACAAAAGAAAGAACAACGCAGAGCUGGAGGAAAACAACAAACAACCCGAGGAACCUAAAAGAGAUGAAGUGCAAGGUUUAGGGCAUGCUGUGGUGGUGGUGGUAGAGGACAAAGAAGACAACACGGGUGAGGAGAAACCAAAGCCUGUAGUGGCUGUUGUGGGGAAAGAGGAGGUGGAUUUGGGUGGAGGUGAAGCCCGGUCCAAUGAAGUGCUGGAGAAGCCCGGUGCAGAGGCAGACAAAAAGCAGGACGUUCCUCAGCUUAAAGAAGUAGAGAACCUCGAUCCGGUGAAAGAUCCUCAAGCAGGGAAUGUAGCUGAGGAGGUCAAUCAAGUGGGCAAAGCUCCAGAUGCUGCAGAGAAGCCUCCACUUUCUGAAGGAGAGCAUCACCCUGCUGCAGAUGUGGCUCCAGCUGCAGGUGUGGCUCCAGCUGCAGACAGCAAAGACACAGCAGAUGAGAAAAUGGACGUGAUAAAAAAGCUGGUUGCAGAAGGCCAGCUCGACCACGCAGUGCUACUGCAGGUGAUCCAGCAGCAGCAAGAGCAGCAGAAGAGACUUCUUGACCAGCAGGAAAAACUACUGGAUUUCAUAGAAGAGCAACACAAGGAAAUCCACCAGAAACAACCUGCCGGGGCUGCUGACGGUGAGGCAGAGAAAGGCCUCCAGGAGGGGAUGGAAGGUGGAGCAGCAAAGCCCAAAGAGUCUGGCCUGGACUCGGACGUGAAGCAGCCGAUGGAGGCAGCUGGAGCUGGUGCUGUAGUUGGUGCUGGAGCUGGAGGUGGAGCUGCUGUUGGAGCUGCUGUUGGAGCUGGUGCUGGAGCUGGUGCUGGUGCUGGUGCUGGAGCUGCUGUUGGGGCUGGUGCUGGAGGUGGAGCUGCUGUUGGAGCUGGAGGAGCGGACCCUCAGGCCGUGGACCAGAAUCGAGAACAGGCCAGGCAUCAGGGUGCAGAGGUUGGGGAUCCAAAAGUAGCUGGUCAAGCAGCUUACAAGGAGGAUGUCCAUGUUGCAAUCGGAGGAGAAUCCCUUAAGCAGAGUGAGCUCGGGGCAAGGGGAGUGCCACUGGUAAAGAAAAAAUCUGAUAACCGUCAACCAGUUGAUCAGGAAGCUCAUCUUAAAGAUGAUGAGGUGAAGAAGAAAAUUGAAAAUCUUAAAAAAGAGCAGAUAGAGAAAGAGGUUCAUGCAAGAGUGGAAAAAGAACGGCUUGAUCGCGAGAUGAAGGCGCUGGAGAUGGAGAGAGCCGUAAAGGAUAAACUCGCACAGGAAAAGGCUGCAGAAGAGAAACUUCAGCGGGAGAUGCAGAAAAUAGACAAUGAAAUACUUGAGAGAGCGAAGAAAGAGAAACAGAUAGAAGAGGCUCAGGAGAGGCAGGCCCAGCUAAAGCGAGUUAUAGAAGACAGACAGGCUGCACAGGGGGCUGAGAGAGAAGAUGGUGAAGCUUUGAAGAAAGGCGGACGAGACCUCAAAGAGAAAGCUGCUGCUGCUCAGGAGGACCCCGGAGAAGGUGUGGAAGACGGGGCCGUCAAAGCCGAGGCUCGCCCCCGGGGCUCCCACGAGAAGAUCGGGGACCAGAGAGAGAUGGAUCUAAGACGGAGACGCAGGGCACUGGGACCGAGAGAAGCCGGAGGGCGCCCGGAGGAGACCGGUGCGUCCAGGGGGAUGCCGGGGCUGGAGCCCCUGCUGGAGCUGGGGGGCUCCGACCUGCACGUGGCCCUGGAGGAGCAGCUACUGGCUGGGGCAGUGGUGCACUCGCGGCAGAUUAAACAGGCCUCAGAGGACGAGGGGGUGAAAUAACACACACACACGCACACACACACACAUUCUCGCUCAAUGAUUGGACAGCAAGUUCAACAAAUACUGUACACCUGCAGAAAACUUCUAAUGGUGUGGACUAUUACAUCGUUUCCUUUAAUUCUUUCUUGCCUUCGGAAAUGAUAUGGAGAAAGAGGAACACUUUCUCUUUCUCGAUACUGUGUUCUCCGCAAACAACCCAAAGACUUUUACUAAAGAGCAAAGUAUGCAUGUAAAUAUUAACUUAUUUUUGUCUCUAGGGGGGAGGAUUUUGAAGAAGUUACUGUUGAAAUGUAUAUAAAUCUAUGCAAUACCUUUCUCUAGUGUGUAGGCAGGUUGGAUGUAUUAGUCACUUUUCAUUCACCAGCUUCGUGGAGUCUGCCUCUCUGGAGGAUCUGUUUGUGCUUUGUCUCCUGAGCUUGGUUAGUUUGUUAGUAUUUAUCUUUUACUUUGAUAUGUAUGUAUUGUAAUAUUUGCUGUGUUAAAUUGUGAUCAAUGUUUCUUUGAAUCUACAUGUCGGGCACCUUGGUAAGAGUCUUCUCACUAUACUUUCAAAUGAAAGUGAAGGUAUUCAGCCUCAUGCUGGGGCUACGAGGUAUAUAGUGAAGUGUAGGCUUACGUUUGAUAAACUGGACAACGAAGCAGCUGGAUCCAUGACUGUAGUUAUCAAUCAUUCUAUCUUUCCAUAUAUAUAUAUAUAUAUAUAUAUGUUCCCUGUUGAUUGAUCGGUGCCUUCCAAUCCAUAUGCUGCUGUUCUAUCAAAACAAAAUGGGGCAUUUUUUUCCCCCCUCAAUUUGUGUUCUUUUUGCUUCUACUCUUACUGUAAAGAGUACAGAAAUGUUAGAAGAAACAAAUCCGUACAUUGGGUUAAGGACAGUGGAAUCUGGUCUAUGUUUGUAGUGUUUUUGUUAUCCAACUUUUCUGAAACAGGCUAUUUUUCUACUUUCUCUAUGUGCAUUGUAUUUCUGUACAUUUUGCUGAUAAGAAUGAAUAAAAAACAUGAUUACA